AAAUGUUAUUGCUUGAAUUUUUCUUUUGGUUUUUAGUUUUCUAUGACACAAACUGGUUUAAACCUUGGAAUAUUUUCCAUGCUCUACUUCUCCUCUUCAACAUUUUGUUUGGUGCUCUACUUACGGUCUUCAUCAUUUUUUGUUGGUUAAUCUUGAAGAGAAUAGUCUAUCUUGCCUGAUUUAAUUAGAUUCUACCGAUCACAUUUAGUGAUCAUUCUCCUCACUGAUUACUCCCCAACCCCAAAACCCUAGACUAACCACAACUUUUUAACCAUUUAUUGUUUUGCUUUCUUUUUUUCCAAUUUGAUAACCAAUCAGGCUAUCUAGACUUGAAGUUAUUGGUGGCAGAAUCAGAUUCCCAAGUAUCUGCACCACUAGUAGUUCUGACAGAUUGAGAAUGCUUCUCUAAUCUGUCUACUUAUUCUUAUCUUCAGACUCUAAACGCCAACAGCUCAUUUCACAAGCCCUGAUCUCCCAAACCUUCCAAAGUGAACAAUCUUUUUUCAUAUAAAGAUGUCAAACAUUAUACACAUCCAUGAGUUAAAGAAGCCAAGAACAGAGCUUAGCCAGCUGAACUGAUCUAUUACCUUCCAGUUGAUUCAGCGCAUAAGAAAUUCACAUAAGCAACUCAGGCAUCUGGAAAGGUCCUUAGAAUGGAGCACGGAGCAAGACGGAGGCGUACUAGGUUUUCAUCUCACGACAAGAGGCUUCUGGCCAUAGGAUUUGCAAUUCUUGCUGUACUUUCUCCUCUCUAUAUAGAUCGCAGGUCAAUUCCUGAGCCAGAGCUCGAGGAAGAACCCAUAUACUUUUCUUCCUACCUGCCUUUUCUGCUGCUCCUUUUGGUAACGUCCAUAGCUAUUUCGGGUUAUUUAGAGCGCGGAUUUGCCAGGCUUGAUCCUUACUGGAUUCAUCGAGCUGGUGGUUCUUCUACAGGGAUUAUUAUUGUUUUAAUUGUCCUUACCUUGGUUUUAAAGUGUAAAGCCUCUACUGGGAACUGAGGUGGUGGCCUGCCAUACCACCAAUUCAGAUCUCUUUGUUCCAGACUUCCUGGCUCAUUGUCAGAGGUGAAUAGCGCAAUAACACUUCUUCGGGUUCAAGCAAGUUUACAUGAUCCAGAAUUGGAGUCAGGUUUAACCCAAUUAUCUUCACGAAUGGAUUGGAG